GUGAUCAGAUUUAGACAUCGCUUGUCAUCAUGAGGUUGUUGCUGGUCGCCGUAUGCUGCGUGGUGGCGCUGGGGUGCGCGAGUGCGGAGGAACCCAUCGUGCUGUACUACCACGAGUCGGAGGGAAUCCAAAAGGCGGAGCAGAUCCGUCAGUCGGAGCUCGCCGCGGACUUUGACGGCGGCAGGAUCGUCGGUGGGUCGCAGGCCGGCCUCGGCGCGUUCCCCUACAUGGGUGGUCUGGUGAUCACACUCACCAACGGACGUACCUCCGUCUGCGGCUCCUCACUGCUGUCCAACACCAGACUGGUGACCGCCGCCCACUGCUGGUGGGACGGCCGCAACCAGGCGCGUCAGUUCACCGUCGUUCUCGGGUCCGUCCGUCUCUUCUCCGGCGGUUCCCGUAUCAACACCAACAGAGUACAGAUGCACAACAACUGGAACCCGAGGAACGCAAACAACGACGUUGCUGUCAUCACCAUCAACUCAGUUAGCUUCAACAACAACAUCAACCGCAUAGCAUUGGCGUCGGGCAACAACGACUUAGCGGGCACGUGGGCGGACGCAGCCGGCUUCGGAAUUACCAGGGACGGAGGCAACAUCGGUAACAACCAGGCGCUGUCGCACGUUCGUCUUCAGGUUAUCACCAACGCCGUCUGCAGAAACACCUUCGGAUCCUCCAUCAUUGUGUCCUCCACGUUGUGUACGAGCGGUGCAAAUGGUCGCAGCACUUGCGGUGGCGACUCCGGCGGCCCUCUCGUCGCCAACAACCGACUGAUCGGUAUCACAUCGUUCGGAUCACCAAACGGCUGCCAGCGCGGUCACCCGGCCGGUUUCGCGCGCGUCUCCUCCUUCAACUCCUGGAUCAGUUCCCGGCUGUGAGCUGCUCAACUGAACUACAAAAUGCUGUGAUCACAAUAAAGGAUGCUUUAAAUUUCUAUA